AAAAAAAAACACACAAAAAAAAUGCAAAAUAUUAAAAUAGAAAAAAACCGACGCUCAACACUGUGUAACAAAGUUAUUACAACUAAUAACUUUAAGGAAUCAGAACAUUUUAAAGAACCCUCGGCUGUUGCCCCAGGCAUUUCAGCCCAGCUCAAGCCUGGUGACCUCAUUGAAAUCUUCAGAAUCUUCUAUCGGCACUGGGUGAUGUAUUUUGGAGAUGGCAAGGUCAUUCACAAGGCCCCACCAUCUGAGCAUGCUGAUGCCGGGGUCAGCAGUGUGAAGUCAGUACGGCACAACAAGGCCAUAGUGAAGAAAGAAAAACUGCUGGAUGUAGUUGGCAGUGAUGACUACCGGAUCCACAAUGUCCUAGAUAAGCAACAUCCGCCACUUCCCAUUCCACAUAUACUACAGAAAGCAGAACGUCUUGUGGGGAAGGUAGUUCCAUACAAACUGUUGACACACAACUGCGAGCACUUCGUUACGGGGUUGAGAAACGGAGUACAACAAUCCCAGCAGGUGCAUAAAGCUGCGGUUGCUGUUUUUGCUGCCGUAUGUUGCUGCAUUUGUUUUGCUUUAUAUUUUAAAAGGCAAAGCAAAGUAUACACUCUGCUUGGUUGUUUUUUCCUUUUUUUAUCCCUUUUCGUAGUUUUUUAUCUGGUUUUCACAAUAGCCUAAUCACCCAUCAUUUUUCAGUCUAUUUAAUCAAUGGGAUAUAGUCCGACGGAGGGAACAUAUCAAUAUAUGUUCCUUCUUCAUUUCCAUUGUACUCACUGAAAAAAAUGUUCUUCUCCACUUCUCAUCUGAUGACUAGAAAGCAAUCUCAUUAAAAACCACUCCUCACCC